GAACCUACUUCAGACACUGAGAUCUGGAACCAACCUUGACACCACCCAAGUAAGUCAUGAAAACAUCCGGAGAAUGAUGGUGACAACUUAUUUUGUGAUUCUGUCUCAUAUUUAAUUUUUUUUUGUAUUUUAAUAUCUUGACUAUGUAAUAAACAGCAAAACUCCCAACCAAUAACCGAUACAGAGCAUCAAAGUUUCAAACUAGUUAAUGACAGACAGAAAGAUAGCAUUAAUAUCACAUUCGAAAAACACUGAAACCUCAAUUUCAUUAUCAUCAUUCAAUUGUAUUCUCUCCAUUUUCGAGAAACUAUUGCAGUUAGUGAACAUGCCAUGUACCAAGACUAGCUUCACAUCCGCAGUAUGAAAAAAGACAAGAAAAACUAACUCUUAUCAGACAAAUUAUGAACUUUAGCAGCUCUGAAGAUUCUGCUUCUUCUUCUUCUUCUUGGGACAUCUCCGAACCAAUCAUGAAUCUGUCAAAGUAACCAAACGUAAGUCGUUUAUAUUCUUCUUGUGUCAAUUUUUUUCUUGCAGGUUGCAAAGAGAGGAAGCUAAAGCAGAGCCUGUUUGAGAGGUGAGCCUUAUAUAGACCUCUCUUGAUAAACACAGAGCAUGUGCAGAGGUGAUGCUGGGAAAGAAGAAAUCAGCAUCUAGAGAUAAGAUUCUAAACAAGAUUCAGUAUGCAGUUAUACCAUCAACAAGAACAAGAUCACUCAUCUUGGAAAUGACAUGGCCUAAUGGGCUUUCCUCUGUCAUUGUGUUGGGCUUUCAUGAGUGUUGUUGCUGCUGCUGCUACAAUAAGCUUCUUGGCGCUUUUGGGUACAAUGUUUUUCAACAGAAAAUCCAAAUCCCAACAAGAAGACGAAACAAUGGCUUCUUCUUCUACUUUAACUCUUUUGGCUCCUCAUUCUUCUUUGCCACACAACUGGAAACACCAUGUCUUCCCAAGCUUCCACGGGGAAGAUGUCCGCACAAACUUUCUCAGCCACGUUCUAAAGGAGCUCAAGAGCAAAGCAAUCGACCUAUUCAUCGACAAUGAUAUAGAGAGGAGUAAGUCGAUUGGUCCUGAGCUAAUAGAAGCUAUUAGAGGAUCUAGGAUUGCUAUUAUCUUUCUCUCGAAGAACUAUGCUUCAUCGACAUGGUGCUUGAACGAGUUGGUGGAGAUCAUGACGUGCAGAGAAGAGUUUGGUCAAACAGUGAUUUCUCUAUUCUAUGAAGUGGAUCCAACUCAUGUAAAGAAGCAGACUGGUGAUUUUGGGAAGGUCUUCAAAAAAACUUGUGUAGGAAAAACGAAGGAUGAGAUUCAAAGAUGGAAACAUGCUUUGACGGAAGUGGCUCAAAUCGCAGGUUUCCAUUCAUCAAAUUGGGAAACUGAAGCAAAGAUGAUUGAAGUUAUUGCCAUUGAUGUUUCUAACAAGUUGAACAAUUUCGCACCAUCAAGUGAUUUCAACGGAUUAAUUGGGAUGGAAUCUUACACAACAGAAAUGGAACCAUUGUUACAGCUAGAUUCGAAUGAGGUGAGAAAAAUAGGGAUCUUGGGUCCACUUGGAAUUGGUAAGACAACCAUUGCUAGAUAUCUGUUCAACCAACACUCCCAAGAUUUCCAACUGAGCGUCUUUAUGGAUAAUAUCAAAAGAAACUACCAGGCAGCAGCAGCUUUUUCCGAUGACUAUAGUGUGAUGUUGGAUUUACAAAAGCAGUUUAUGUCUCAACUAACCAAUGAGGCAUGUAUUAAGGUUCCACAUUUGGGAGUUGUCAAAGACAGGUUGAAAGACAAGAAAGUUCUUGUUGUACUUGAUGAUGUGGAUCAGUUAAUACAACUGGAAGCCAUGGCGAAAGAAACUUGUUGGUUUGGUCCUGGGAGUCGGAUUAUCAUCACAACCCAAAAUCAAAAGAUUUUAAAAGCAAGUGGGAUCAACCAUAUAUACAAGGUCAAUUUACCAUCAAAUGAUGCAGCCCUUCAAAUGUUUUGCAUGUAUGCUUUUGGUCAGAAAGACCCUAAGGAUGGUUUCACAGAGCUUGCUUGUGAAGUUAGGAGUCUUGUAGGUAGACUUCCAUUGGGGCUAAGGGUUAUGGGAUCAUAUUUUCGGGGAAUGUCCGAGCAAGAUUGGAUAGAGGCAGUACCAAGGUUAAGGACUCACCUUGCCCGUGGUGGAGAAAUUGCCCGUAUUUUAGAGUUUAGUUAUGAUGCCUUACGUGAUGAAGAUAAAAGUUUAUUUCUUCAUAUAGCCUGCUUUUUCCAUUAUGAAAAAGUUGAUAUAGUAGAAGGCUAUCUAGAAAAAUGUUAUUUGGAUGUGAGACAUGGGCUUCACGUCCUAGCUGAAAAAUCUCUCAUAUCUAUAGACUCUGGAAGGACAUAUAUGUCUAAUUUGCUAAUCCAACUGGGAAGAAAAAUAAUGCGAGAACAGUCUGAUAGUGAGCCUGGAAAUCGUCAAUUUUUGAAUGAUGCCAUCGAUGUUGGUGAAGGGCUCAUUGAUGAUAAAGCCGGUAUUAGCAGUGUCAUUGGAAGAGAUCUUGAUGAGAAGAUAACAUGUGCAAGUGAAAGAGCCUUUAUAAGAUUGUCUAAUCUUCAAUUCUUAAGAACUAAAAGAGAUGGCGUUAAUCUGCAAAGUAUGAAUUUCAUAUCCCCAAAACUAAGAGUACUAAGUUCCCCGAUGUUCCACAGGACAUGUUUUCCUUCAAGUUUUAAUCCAACGUUUCAAGUCAAGCUAGAGAUGCCAUUUAGCAAGCUUGAGAAAUAGUGGGGGGAAACUAAACCGCUCAAUCUUAAGUGGAUGGAGUUGAGUUAUACCAAUUGUUUGAAAGAGCUUCCUGAUUUCUCAACUGCCACUAAUCUAUAUGAACUGGAUCUGACACACAGUUCAAGUCUGGUGAAACUCUCUUCCCCUAUUGGAAAUGCAAUUAAUCUCCAAAAUUUGAAUCUCAGUCAUUGCUCAGAUCUGGUGGAGAUUCCUUCAUCUAUUAUCACUAAUCUCAAAUCUCUUGAUUUCUAUGGAUACUCAAGUUUGGUGGAGGUUCCCUUCAAUAUCGAAGAAGUCAUUGAUUCUAUUUACAUUAAUCUCAGUUAUUGCUCAAGUAUGGUGGAAGUCCCUUCCUCUACUGAAAAUGCAAUUAAUCUCCAGGAACUGAAUCUCAAUGAUUGUUCAAGCCUGGUGGAAAUCCCUUUCUCUAUUGGGAAUGCAUUUUAUCUCCAAAAACUGAAUAUGAGUUAUUGUGCAAGUCUGGUGGAACUCCCUUCCUCUACUGGCAAUACAUCUAAUUUCGAAGAACAUGAUCUCGAUCAUUGUCGGGUGGAACUCCCUUCAUCUAUGAGAAAACUUGGUGGAUUGUCCGAACUGGAAUUAAAGGAAUGUUCAAAGUUAGAGGUUCUUCUGGCCAGCAUCAACUUGGAAUCUCUAGGAGAAGUCAAUCUCUCAGAUUGGUCUUUGUUGAAAAAUUAUCCUGAGAAUUCCACAGACGUUCAAGAGACUGAUCCAUGGAUAGGGAGAAUAUCUGGUCUACGUAAACUUGUACAAAGCGGAAUGGAGAAGCUUGAAUCACUCCCACCACUUCCGGAUUCGCUAUGGGAACUAGAUGCAGACAAUGGUGUGUCCCUAGAGAGACUAGGUAGCUCCUUUAGCAACCCAGAUAUCAAUCUCAGCUUCCUUAACUACCUCAAACUAAAUCAAGAAGAGAAAGAUCUCAUCAUCCAGACGCCGAGUAAUGAAUAUGCGGUCUUUCCUGGUGGAGAAGUGCCUCAGUGCUUCACUUACCGAUCAUCUGGGAGUUCCUUAACUGUGAAGUUGAAUCAAAUGCCUAUUGGCACAUCAACCAAAUUCAAGGCUUGCAUCUUAUGUGCUGGUGAGGACAAAAAGGGCCUUAGAGAAUGGGAACGAGCAUCUGUCUGUUGUAGCAUCACCACGUCAGGAGGGAUCGCCCUCAGUUCUUGUCUUAAAACAAUAGAACAGUUUUUGCCGGGGAGUCUGUACACAUUCGAGUUUGAGGUUGAAACAGAUGAGGUGACUUCCACUGAGCUUGUUUUUGAGUUCGAGGUUGGCUAUGCGGAUUUGAUCAAAAAGGGCAAAACACUGGAGAUAAAAGAAUGUGGGAUUAUGCUGGUAAACAUGAUUGAGAGCUUCGGAGAUGACAACAGUAGCGGAGCAAUAGACGGAGCUAGAGGGUCAGCUGACCCCUAUCAACUCUUGUAUUUUUUCUCUCUUCAUCAUACUAGUAUGGAUUCUUAUUAUUCCCUUACCAAUCCCAAUCUUGUUGCUUCUGCAAUAUGCUUCUUGGCGCUCUUGGGUACACUAUUUUUCUACAGAAAGUCCACAUCCCAUCAAGAAAAAAAAACUAUGGCUACGUCUUCUUUAACUCUUUUGGCCCCUCGCAAUUGGAAAUAUCAUGUUUUCCCAAGCUUCCAUGGGGCAGAUGUACGCACAAACUUUCUCAGCCACGUUCUCAAGGAACUCAGAAGCAAAGGAAUCGACUCUUUCAUUGACAAUGAUAUAGAGAGGAGUAAGCUGAUUGGUCCUGAGCUCGUAGAAGCUAUUAGAGGAUCUAGGAUUGCGAUUGUCUUGCUCUCGAGGAACUAUGCUUCUUCGACAUGGUGCUUGAACGAGCUGGUGGAGAUCAUUAAGUGCAGAGAAGAGUUUGGUCAAACAGUAGUGCCCCUUUUCUAUGAACUGGAUCCAACUGAUGUAAAGAAGCAAACUGGUGAUUUUGGGAAAGUCUUGGGAAAAACUUGUAGAGGAAAAGAAAAGGAAGACAUCCAAAGGUGGAAACGUGCUUUGACGGAAGUGGCUCAAAUCGCAGGUUUCCAUUCAGCAAACGGGGAGAAUGAAGCAGAGCUGAUUGAAUAUAUUGCCACUGAUGUUUCGAACAAGUUGAACCUUUCAGCACCAUGCAGUGACUUUGACGGCUUAGUUGGGAUGGAAUCUCGUAUGGCAGAAAUGAGACAAGUGUUACAGCUAGAUUCGGAUGAGGUGAGAAAAAUAGGGAUCUUGGGUCCGCCUGGGAUUGGUAAGACCACCAUUGCUAGAUCUUUAUUCAACCGACACUCCCAGGAUUUCCAACUAAGUGUCUUUAUGGACAAUAUCAAAAGAAAGUUUGUGAUAAUGGCUUGUUCCGAUGACUACAGUGUGAAGUUGGAUUUUCAGAAGCAGUUUAUGUCUCAACUAACCAACGAGACGGGUAUCAAGAUUCCACAUUUGGGAGUUGCCAAAGACAGGUUGAAAGACAAGAAAGUUCUUGUCAUCCUUGAUGAUGUGGAUCAGUUAGUACAACUAGAAGCCAUGGCAAAAGAAACUAGUUGGUUUGGUCCUGGGAGUCGGAUUAUCAUCACAACACAAGAUGAAAAGGUUUUAAAAGCGAGUGGGAUCGACCAUAUCCACAGGGUGAAUUUACCAUCAGAUGAUGAGGCUCUUCAAAUGUUUUGCAUGUAUGCUUUUGAUCAGAAAUACCCAAAGGAUGGUUUCAAGAAGCUUGCUUGUGAAGUUAGGAAUCUUGUAGGUGGACUUCCGUUGGGGUUGAGGGUUAUGGGAUCCUAUUUUCGAGGAAUGUCCGAGCAAGAUUGGAGAGAAGCACUACCAAGGUUAAAGAUUCACCUUGAUCGAAAUGGAGAAAUUUCGAGCAUUUUAAAGUUUAGUUAUGAUGCUUUAAAUGAUGAAGAUAAAAGAUUAUUUCUUCAUAUAGCCUGCUUUUUCAGUGGUGAACCAGUUGAAAUGGUGGAAAGAUGUCUAGAAAAAUGUUUUCAGGAUGUGAGACAAGGACUUCGUGUCUUAUCUGAAAAAUCUCUCAUAUAUAGCAAAUCAGGAUUGAUAAUGAUGUCUACGUUACUAUUCCAACUAGGAAGACAAAUUGUGCAAAAAGAAUCUAUUAGCGAACCUGGAAAACGCCAGUUUUUGAAUGAUGCAAUUGAUAUUGGUGAAGUACUUAGUGAUGAUAAAGCAGGUAAUAGCAGUGUCAUAGGAAUAGAUCUCGAGUGGAAUAAGGACAUAACAUGGACAAGUGAAAGAGCCUUUGAAAGAUUGUCUAAUCUUCAAUUCAUAAGAAUCCUCGGCAAAGGCGUUAACCCGCUAAGUAUGAACUACAUAUCCCGAAAACUUAAAGUACUAAUUUGGCCGAUGUUCCCCAUGCCAUGUUUUCCUUCAAGAUUUAAUCCAGAGUUCCUAGUCAACCUAUUCGUGCGGAAUAGCAAUCUUGAGAAACUGUGGGAAGAAAAUAAACCGCUCAAAAAUAUAAAGUGGAUGGAUUUGGCUCUUUCAAGAAGAUUGAAGGAGCUUCCUGAUCUCUCAACUGCCAUUAAUUUAUAUUAUUUGGAUCUCAGCUAUUGCUCAAGCCUGGUGAAGCUCCCUUCCUCUAUUGGGAAUGCAACUAAUCUUGAAAAAUUGAGUCUCAACUAUUGCUCAAGUCUGGUGAAGCUCCCUUCCUCUAUUGGGAAUGCAAUUAAUCUCAAAACAUUGAGUCUCAAAGGUUGCUCAAGUAUGGUGAAACUUCCUUCCUCUAUUUGGAAUAUAGUUAAUCUUGAAGAGUUGAAUCUCGAAAAUUGCUCGAAUCUUGUGGAGCUCCCUAGCUUGUUGAGAUCGGAAAUAGAGAAAUGCACCAAGUCAGAUUGCUCGAGAGGUAGUGGAAAGAUCAUCGACCAUCUCCCUUUUAUAGCGGGCUUACUUCCCAACCCGCAAUUCGAAAAGAAUAACACCAUUACGUAUUCUGAGAGUUCAACAAACAUUGAAGAGCUUGAUCCGUGGAUAGGGAGAAUACUUCGUCUACGUCGACUUGUACUAAGCGGAAUGAGGAAGCUGGUAUCACUCCCUCAGCUACCGGAUUCGUUAUUGGAACUAGAUGCAGAAAAUUGUGAGUCCCUAGAGAGACUACAUUGCUCCUUUCCCAAUCAAGAUAUUCGUCUCAACUUUGCAAACUGCUUUCAACUAAAUCAAGAAGCAAGAGAUCUCAUCAUCCAGACGCCAACUAAUAAAUAUGCCGUGUUUCCCACUGAAAAAGUGCCUAUAUGCUUCAGUUACCGAUCUUCUGGGAGCUCCUUGACUGUGAAGUUGAAUCGAUUGCCCGUUGGCAAAUCAACCAAAUUUAAGGCUUGCAUUUUAUGUUCUUAUGAUGAAGAAAAUAACUUUGGACUUUGGGAAACCGCAUCUGUCUUUUGUACCAUCACGUUCGGAGGGAAUGCUUCCAUUGCUUGUAAUAAAAGGGUAGAACGAGUUUUGCCGGGGAAUCUGUGCACAUUCGAGGUAGAGGUUGAAACAGAGGAGGUCACUUCCACCAAGCUUGUUUUUGAUUUUGGGCUCCUCAAUUUGGAUUUCAAAACAUGGAAGAUAAAAGGAUGCGGGAUACUCCAACUCCUGGAGGGCCCUUUUGAAGAUUUUGAACCUUCAGAUAUUGAGCUUGUUCGUGAAGAUGAUGGUGACGAGAGACUACCUCUUUUGUGAUCCUGUCUCAUUUUUGAUUCCCUAAUAAAUAUUUACUUCUACGUCCUUCAGUUUCUUGAAUUGUAGCAUAUUUAGGGUACUUCUUGAGUAUGUAAUAAAUAGCAAAGUCCCAACUAGUCAAUCACGACAGAAAUGUCUCAUUCAUAUCAGAUCACAAAUCCUCAAGAUGUUUUUUU